GUGAGGCGCGCAUGCACCGCCUGCCAUGCAGGCAAGACGCGAUGCAGCGAGGUCCUCCCCUGCCAGAGCUGCCUCAAACGCGGCCUCGGCGCGUCCUGCGUCUACCCCGACCCCGACACCCUCGAGCACGCAGCCGCCCAACAGUCUUCCUCCGCCCCGGGCGGCGUCCCCUUCGCCGCGCCGCUGCCGUACGCCAUGCACCCCCCGAGCCUCACCCACCAGCAGUACUACGAGUACAACGGCGCCUUCACCGGCGCCUCCACCUCCACCUUCCGCCCGAACAAACGCCCCCGCCCGCUCACCGAGGAGGAGGCCGCCGCCAUCACCCGCAACUUCUCCCGCGGCGACUUUUACGUCGGCGCCAGCGCUCCCGUGCGCAUCGACCCGCGCCUCCCCGUGCGCCUCACCCUCGGCGAGGGCGACCACGUGCAUUUCACCAUCGGGGAGUCCUUGGUGUAG